GAGCGUCGCUAAGGCACAACAGCGCACUCUAAUUUCUCGACAUUACAAGGCAACUGGCACAAUAGUCGAUUUAGAAAUGGCAUUGCCAAGAAUCUCAAAAACUCAUCCUAAUCUCUGGAAAUCAACGAAGCCGAUCGACCCAAAUGCGCUUCUUUCACUAGUCCUCACCAAGAACCUUACAGCCUCGUCAAAUACACCAAGACCCAUUUGCACCAGAACCCAUACUGGCCCUUCUCUUCCUUCACACCUCACCGGCGUCAUCAAUGGUUUCAUUUCCAUCUUCACCAAGCAACCCUUUUCCCCAGAUAACCCAGAGUUGAAGAACCUUGCUUCAAGACUCACCACCAAAGUAGUAGAAAGUGUGCUAGAUGGCCUGAAGAGUUGGAAAAUAGCUCACGUGUUCUUUACCUGGGCACCAACCCAAUCUGGGUACAAGCACAAUUGCUAUACUUACAAUGCCAUGGCCUCUCAUCUAUCACGCGCUCGACAAAAUGUUCCAUUGAGAGCCAUGGCUAUGGAAAUUGUGAAUUCGAAUUGUUCUCUGACUCCUGGAGCUUUGGGUUUCUUUAUAAGAUGUUUAGGUAGUGUAGAGUUGGUUCAAGAAGCUAACUUUUUGUUUGAUCAAGUUAAAGUGAAGGGUCUUUGUGUUCCAAAUAGUUAUAGCUAUAAUUGUUUGUUGGAGGCUAUAUCUAAAUCUAAGUCAAGUUCAAUUGAAUUGCUUGAAAUGAGAUUGCAAGAAAUGCGAGAUUCUGAGUGGGAAUUCAGUAAGUACACGCUGACUCCAGCGUUGCAGGUUUAUUGCAAUACAGGGAAGUUUGAAAAGGCUUUAAAUGUUUUCAAUGAAAUGUAUGAGAAGGGGUGGGUUGAUGCCCAUGUCAUGUCUAUCUUGGUGUUGUCCUUUAGCAAGUGGGGUGAGGUGGAUAAAGCUUUUGAUUUGAUUGCAAGAAUGGAAGAUCGCAAUAUUGGAUUGAAUGAGAAGACAUUUCAUGUUUUGAUUCAUGGGUUUGUGAGGCAGUCCAGAGUGGAUAAGGCCCUCCAGUUGUUUGAUAAAAUGCGGAAGUCAGGUUUCACAGUUGAUAUUUCUCUUUACGAUGUACUGAUUGGAGGACUCAUUAAGAAUAAGGAGCUUGAAAAAGCCUUGUCUAUGUAUUCGGAAAUGAAGGAGUCGGGAAUCCAUUCUGAUGUUGGGAUACUUACAAAGCUCAUACCAUUUUUUUCUGAUGAAGGGGAAACAAUCCGAGUACUUGAGGAAAUCCAGGAAGAUUUAGAUGAAGAGGAUAUGUGUUUGCUUUACACUUCUGUGUUGAAUGGUCUUGUUGAUAACGGCUCCAUUGACAAAGCUCAUCGACUUCUUCAGGCAAUGAUGGAAAAUGAAUCUGAUGCUGAUGUUGAGGCAGAUAAGCUCCUUGUAGUUAAGAAAAGGGUUCAUCCUGUCACAACUAAUUUUCAAGUUGUCAUUGAUGGUCUGCUGAAGUUUGGUAAGUUGGAGAAGGCCUUAAGCCUUUUCAAAGAAAUGAUUCAGAUUGGCUGUAAACCAAAUGUGUCAAUGUAUAACAAUUUGAUUGAUGCACUGUGCAAUUCAAAUAGAUUGGGGGAAAGUUAUAAGCUUUUGAGAGAGAUGGAGCAAGCAGGACUUGAACCAACACAUUUUACCCAUAACUCUAUAUUUGGGUGCCUAUGUAGAAGACAGGAUGUUGUAGAAGCCCUUAACCUAAUGAAGGAGAUGCGUGUUUGUGGACAUGAACCAUGGAUAAGAUAUUCCACCUUACUUGUAAAGCAGCUGUGCGGACAUGGAAAUGCAGUGGAAGCUUGUAAGUUUCUUGAUAACAUGGUUCAAGAAGGUUUUCGCCCUGAUAUAGUCGCCUAUUCUACGGCAAUAAAUGGAUUAAUCAAAAUUCAAGAAGUAGAUCGAGCUUUGCAGCUAUUCCGUGACAUCUGUGCUUGUGGCUAUUGUCCUGAUGUAGUUUCUCAUAACAUAUUGAUAAAUGGGCUUUGUAAGGCGAAAAGAGUUUCAGAAGCUGAAUAUCAUUUGAAUGACAUGGUGAUGAAGGGGCUUGUUCCCUCAGUUGUAACCUACAAUCUGCUGAUAAAUGGAUGGUGUAAAAAUAGUGAUGUUGAUAAAGCGAUGCUUUGCUUCUCCAGGAUGUUUGGUGAAGAUGGAGAACCAGACACAGAACCGAAUGUGAUUACUUACACAACAUUAAUAGAUGGGUUGUGCAAUGCUGGAAGGGUCGACGAUGCUCUUGUGGUUUGGAACAAUAUGGGAAAGAAGGGAUGUGCUCCAAACAGAAUUGCUUAUAUGGCUCUCAUUACGGGUCUGUGCAAGUGUGGCAGGCCUGAUGAGGCUCUAGUUUAUCUUCGUCAGAUGGAAGAUAAGGAAAUGAAACCUGAAAUUUUUGUAUAUGCAGCAGUAAUAACUGCUUUUCUCUCUGACCGAGACACUUGAGGUACUCAGGUGAUCCAUGAAUCGCUAGUCUGUAUUUGAUGGCAAUUUUAUCGGAACUAUCAAAGCAUGUUUGAAUGAAGGAAUUGAAAAUUAUUAGAAUUUUA